GCAAAUAUGUAGUUAUUUAAACCAUGUGAUCAAAACAACAAUGGCGUAAAAUUUGACAGAGAUAAAUCAGGAAGUGAAAAUGCUUGAGUGUAGUUCAUUUUAAAAACAGUGGAAUUUAUGUAGAAUCAUGCCGAUGAGUUCUUGGACCCCAUCCUCGGACAAGUUUGGAGUUGCGGUGGGCAACUAUGCAGGAGACCAGUCCAAAUCUUUGGCUAUUCAGGUGGGCGACACCGUACAUAUUCUGGAGAAGUAUGGAUCCGGACCCACAGCAUGGUAUCGAGGUACAACCAUGAAGAACAAAGAAAAAGUGGGUAUAUUUCCAGCAUCAAUAAUACACAUCAAGAAAUGUACAGUGGAAAACAAUGGGUUGUACGAAACAGUGAAGCCUGUAGAAGAUCACAUGGCGAGGGAAGUGUCAUACGUAUUGUGGGAGUGGAGUCACAUGUGGAAACAGCUAGCUACGGGUGAGAAAAGUGUUCUACUGGCGAAGGUGAGACAGAACGUUGAAGAACUGAUCAACUUACGGAGCCAGCUCAUAAAUGAUACCCUGUCUUCCACAGACGCUCGAGAUAUACGUAGAGAUAUAGUCAGCAUAAUUGACUGGGGAAAUGCUAAAUUGGGUAUCGAUCUGGUUCCGCGCAUUGAUGGUGAACAAGUGGAUGUUGACUGCUGCAGCGUGUGUAACCUGUACAGAAUUCAUAUGAACAGUGCCGAGAUAGCCCAGGAUGACAAGCCGAAACGGCACACAACCAAGCGGCAGAAGUCCUCCAAAGGGGAGGUAAUAGCGGAAUUGGGGAUAAUCACCCAUCACCUGCUGAUCUCUUUCAAGAACUUUGGUUGUAAUGUGGGCGAUCCCUCUGAGACCAUGCUGUCCCUGUAUCAGGUCAAGGACGGGCAUCUGUCCUGCAUCACGGAGCAGUUCAUGGUAUGUUACACCAAGGAAGGAGGUCCGGAAGACCAGUCCAAGCUGGGCGAUUACUAUGGCCUCUUUACAGAUCUGACGAGUGAUGAGCUAGAGAAGGAGCUGUACCUGGUGGCGCAGAUCUACCGCAAAGGCAGCAUGAAGCCUGAGAACCAGAAGAAGAACAACAGAGCCACGUUCAAGAGGCCCUGGGGGGUUGGAGUGGUGAACUUUACAAUAGCUUCGCUGUCAUCUGCAGUCAAAAUGUGGACUUUUACUAUAAAAAUCCAAAACGUUACGGACAAAACAGAACCACAUUUUGCUGGUCUCCAUGAAGAACACAUUAACAGACUUACGCAGGAGAACAAGGACAAAAGUCUGGAAUCACUUCCAGCGCAGCAAACCGGAAAACUUGGUCUAGUGUUGACUGUGUCUGUCCAAGUAUUCCAUGGUGAUCUAACGACAGUGAAAAAAGAGAAUCCAGUAAUGUUUUCAAAAGGAGUGGCACUGAUUCAAAAGAUUGGCUUUGCAGAUAUCAUUUCACCAGUGACUUUUGCAAGCCCAGGACACAUAGGAGAAAUACGCAACGACUUCUAUGUUACCUUAAAAAAAGCGGCCCUUGAGCGUGGGAACAAGACCUCCGGCAAAAAUGUAGAGGUCAAGGUCACAGUGUACAACGAAUCAGGUCAGGAGGUCAAGGGUUGCAUUGUGUAUGGCUGUGGGGAGAAAGCCCUGAAUAGCUACCAGUCGUCUGUGUAUUACCAUAGCAACCAUGCUGAGUGGGAUGAAACCAUAAGAUUGUCAGUUCCCAUAGAUACGUUCCCAGGCUGCCAUGUUUGCUUUGAGCUCUUCCACUGUUCAGUUUCUCAAAAGAAGGAUUCAGGUCGAAAGAUGUUUGGCUUUGCGUUCUUUCGCGUCACAAACAAGUCUAACAUCGUUAUACGGGACGGGUUGCAUGAACUGUGUGUCUACAAGGUCUCAGACAACCAUCAUCCCAAGCAGUUUUUCCGUCUGCCGUUCCUCCUGGAUGAUUUCAACGAUCCCCAGCAGAUCAACAACAUUCCAAAACACAUGUUCUCCAAGGCCAACGAACGGGAAUCCCUCACCAUAGCUACGCUUUUGUGUUCUGGAAAAUUCACACAGAAUGGUGAUUUGCCAUGCAUUCUUAACUGGCGAGGGGAGGAGUUCAAGGGUAAACUGGACCAGAGUCUGGACACCCUGUGCAAGAUGAAGGAGGAUGAGAUUGUCAAGUUCCUUCAUGACAUUCUCAACUCCCUGUUUGACAUGAUGACAGAUAGGGUUGCCAUAGAAACGUGUGCUCCAAAAAUAUUCAAAACCCUGGUGCACAUUUUCACUCUGAUUCACCAUGUGCGGUAUGAAAUGUUCAAGCCAGUGUUGGAGUCCUACAUCACAGACACAUUCUCCGCCACUCUGGUGCAUAAACCCCUUUGCUCGUGUUUCCAGCGAAUGGUGGACGAUGCCUAUGUUCAUCAUGAGAAACAGAAUCUUCAACUUAUACAGAGCUUUCAGGUGAUAGAUUUCAUCUUUCGGUUCAUAGUGCAAUCAAGGCUUCUGCAACAAAAAGACCUGUUUAAUCAGAGGGCAAGCGAUGCCCAAGAAUUCCAGGACAACUUGCAGGGUUUGUUCCGAUCCAUCGGUACCAUGCUGUCAUCCACUGAUAGGAAGUUACAGUCCAAUCAGUCCUGUAUCCUGACCUACCUGCAUGCCGUGUACACUCCCUUGUUGGAGGUGCUCAAGGAAAGGGAGGUAAGCCAGCUGGUAAAUGAGGCUCUCCAGAGGAUGCCGCCAGUUACCUCCCUUCCUGAUGACAUCACCAAGGUGAAACUCGAGUUGCUAAGGAGGACUGUCAGUACGAGGCUCUUCAAAUGUGAUGUAUCACGUCACGUUCUGCUGGACUUGUGUAUGAAGGAGGUGAAGAGCUGCCUGGAGCAGAAACACCAGACCAAGCUGGCCAUAGAGCUGUACAUGGACAUCAUGGAUCAGAUAUUUCAGCUCCAAAAGACUUCAGAAACACACCGUCUAAUUGACUUUGGGACGGACAGUGUUCGCGAGAACAUCAAGAACAUCAUGGAGACGCUGUUCGAUGCCACCCUGGAGCAGAUUAUUGAGCUCAGCACCAACCCUGCCUCUGUGCCGAGGCGAAAGGUUUUGCCGAGAGUGAAGAUAAGAAAAAGCCACACACAUAGUGCAUAUACCAUGAAGCACGAGACAAAGUUUAGUCGAUUGAAGUUACCACGGGCGUCAGAGGAUGUUGCCUUUCCUAAUAGUCGAUUGAAGUUACCACGGGCAUCAGAGGAUGUUGUAUUUUCCAAGGCAUUUAAGACUUUCCUUGAGACCGAACCCGGGGACAACGGGUCAGAAUCAGGUUGUGAAGAGACAGUAUCCACCCGCCAUCUUGAAUCCCAGCAUUGUGGCCUCAUAGCGUGUCUACUAGAGAACCUACGUCUGAUGGAGGAUGAGCACUUCUCGGCGUUGAUGUUUGUGAAUCACCGCGGCCCGAAACUUCACGGCUUCCUCAUGAAGGUGCUUUUGGUGUUCAAGGUGCUGGUUGACCCACAUAUCUUCCCCCAGGACUGGUCCACCAUGAGGAUGGUCUCUAAUCACAUCAUGUUCUUGUCGAUGGAACACUUUGCAGACGCCAUACAGAAACACUUCACGAAGGACUUUUCUGUGGAGAUCUGGAACAUGUAUUUCAACCUGGUGGUUGCCUUCAUCACCCAGCCUAGCCUGCAGCUGGACCGGUACUCGGAGGUGAAAGCAGAGAAAUUCAGAAACAGAUACCAGGACAUGCGUGUACUGAUGGGGGUGCAGGUUGAGACGCUGUGGCAGUCGCUGGGAGUCCUGCGUCGCAACUUCAUGCCUGCCUUGAUGGGCCCGUUCCUACAGCUGACCCUGGUCCCCGCCGUGGAGGUGCGCAAGGCCACCCUGCCCAUUAUUUUUGACAUGAUGGCGUGCGAGCAGAAGGUCCAUGGACACUUCAAUAUAGUUGCGAGUUCCCUGAUAGAGAGGCUUGACUUCCUGUUGACCCAGGAGCACAUGGGUGAUGAUCAGUACAUGGAGCUGUUCCACAAAAUGCUGAUGGAGCGUGUAAGGUCAGAGCCAGACCUCAAGGAGACCGGGGAGCACUUUGUCACGUCCGUCACCCACCUACUGGAGAAACUCCUCGACUACAGACAAGUUGUUGAUGGUGAUGAGAACAAAGACAAGCGGAUGCAUUGCACUUUCAAUAUACUGAAUUUCUACAAAGAUGAGUUGAAUCGAGAAGAGAUGUACAUCCGCUAUGUGAACAAACUGCACGAGCUACACAUGGUUGCCAAUAACUACGCAGAGGCUGGUCUAACGCUGCAGCUGUACGCCAAGUCCCUGGGCUGGAGUGACAAGCUCCUGCCGGCAGGCCUCUCAUACACGGAGCAAAAGGAACGCGACAGGAAGGAGAUGCUGUACCGCCAGAUUAUCAACUCCUUCGACAAGGGCAAGGUGUGGGAGUAUGCGUUGCCCCUGUGUAAGGACCUAGCAGAAUAUUAUGAGCAGAACUUUGAGUACAAGAAACUGGGAGAUCUACUUAAACAGAAGGCCUCGUUCUAUAUGAAGAUCAUGGAGGCUGUUCCCGGAGAGAACCCGGACAAUCCAGAAGACUUCUACCCGCGCCAGGAGCCGGCCUACUACAGGGUCACCUACUAUGGGAAGAGCUUCCCUUUAUUUGUGAGAAACAAGCAGUUCAUCUACCGCGGAGACGAGUGCCUCAAGCUGGCCACAAUCAUCAACCACCUUUCUGCAGAGUUUCCGCUGGCUCAGAUCAUCCGCAACAACAACCCUGAGAAUGAGGCUCUCAAGGAUGGGGAACAACAGUUCAUACAGAUCUGUUCUGUGAAGCCAAUCCCGCAGGAUCGGCCAGAGUUCUAUGGGAAGGAUAUUCCUCUGGAGAUCCGCAACUUCUAUAUGUGCAAUGAGGUUGACACAUUCCAGUUUGACCGACCAUACCACCAAGGGGUCAAGGACCCUGACAACGAAAUCAAGACGCUCUGCAUUGAGCGUAUGAAGAUGAAGACUGCAUACAAAUUCCCGGGUAUACUGCGCUGGUUUGAGGUCAUUGACAUGGAGGUGGAGAUGCUGUCGCCAAUACGGGUUGCGUUAGAACAACUGAAACAGCGCAAUGGGGAACUGCAGGUUCUCAUUGACAGGUGCCUUGCCAAUCCCAAGCUGUACUUCACGCAGUUGGAGAUGCGACUGAACGGAACGAUCCAGGCUGUCGUACAGGGAGGGGUCUCCAAGUUCCACGAGGCUUUCUUAAACACCGAGUUCGAAUCUCAACACCCUGAGGACGCCAUCUACAUAACGCAGUUGAAGGAACUCCUCACAGAGCAAAUCUCUGUCCUUGGAAGAGGUAUGCAAAUGCACAAGAAGUUUGUACCGCCCGACCUUAUGCCUCUACAUCAGAAUCUGGAGCAGGCGUUCAAGAAGAUGAGGUCCCAAUUGCAAGAUCUCGGAGAGUUGCACCUGUCCCAGGUCAGUCUGUGCAGCCAGGUGUCCCAGACGAGUCUGACCAGCCAGGUGUUAGAUAGUGAACUCGGCCAAUCUAGCUCUAGUGGCAGUUUCUCAGCAGUGUCGUUUGAAGUUAAGCCCAAAGUGGACAUCCCACCGCAGGAUGUCCUGUUUAACUUUGCCCCAACAGACAGGACCAGGUGGAGUUAUGUCCCUUUCCCGGAGGAAGGGACCUGGUCCGGACCCCCUCCGGUCCCCAGCAGGCCCUCCUCCCUGCAACUCCAUGGAAAUGCUAGUCAGCCAGGAAAUGAAACGAUGUCCUUAUUAAAGGCUUCAAAGAUGUCCGUAUCCACCGGCAAUCUGCCUCGUCAUUCUACAGUGGUCAAGCAUUUUUCAGAAAGAAAAGCUGUACCCAGUAUACCACCCAAACGCAGACCUUCAGAGAGACCUAUAUAUCCAUCAGCUCCAACAAUACCAUCAACACCAAAUGCCGGUCUGUUAACACCAACAUUAAAUACAUCUCAAACAGCUCCUGUGCUGGAUUCAUCGCCAAACGCAGAAACCCCCGACUUACCCCCAAGGAAACCAAGGCUUUCUCAUGACACGAAGGAGUUUUCCACACACCUGAAUGGUGACACUGGUUCCCGACCUGUGCCCCCCCUGCCCCCUCGACAACACCACCUGUCAGAGAGUAACGUCAACCCCUUGCGGCAGACAUCACCUGUUGCCACCACAGCCGUGCGGCAGGUGUCACCGGUUUCCUCACCAGCACCUCCCCCCACCCACCAACGACAUACUCACUUGUCAGAGGGUGGCACCCCUUUGCGGCAGACGUCACCCGUUACCUCCACUCCACCGCCUCUCCCCACCCACCUACGCCCGACAGUACAGAUGAGGAGCAACGUUGCCAACGGGAAUCUUGACUCCAAAGAAAUGAGUGACACCUCCUCCUCUACGAGCGAUGGUCCAACGAGACCCGCCAACCCACCUCCUGUUCCAAGACGCUCCUCAGGCAUUCCCAGCAUUCCCUCGAGUCCUAAACCAAAGGCACAGCCAUUCUCCUAUAAUUCCGGCAGCGAUGUCACAAAGCUUUGACUGUUCAAUUAUUUUGUUGCUAGAUAGUUAGUCAUGUAGGAGAGCCCCAUGGACAUUUUAAUGUUUUUGUUCAUAUUCAGUCUUCCAAAUAUGUAAACAGUUCAGAUAAUUUUUACAAGUGUGAAAUAUCUUCAGAUAAAGCAAGGCUUUGACUGUUCAAUUAUUGUAAUGCUAGAUAAUUAUUCUUUUAUGUUAAUGUAGGAGACUUUCAUGUUCAUUUUAAUUUGUUUGUGUUCAUAUUCAGUUAUCCAAAUAUGUAAACAGUUAAGAUAAUUGUUUUAAGUGUGAAAUACAUGUAUGUUCAAAUAAAGCAAGUCACAAAGUGACAUUUAUGUCUUACAUGGUGGAUAUUUGAAUAUUUAUCUUAACAUUUCAUGGGCAAGGACUCUGUGAUAAUAUUGACCUUUCUUCCCAUAUUUUUUUUAUAAAUACUAUGAAAAAACAACUAUGUAUAUAUAUAUUAUAUUUUAGCUUUGAGUUUUGCAUUGUAAUUGCAUAUUGUUUGGAAUAUAGUUGUAUGGGAUUUAAAAAUGUCAAACUUAAUACUUGAAUAAGAGUGAAAUAAACAUUUAUAACUGCUGAUCAAUUCAAAUAAUGAAGAACCAUACGACCCUUGUCAUGCGAAAAAAGGGUCUAAAGCCAUAUGAGGCCAACAUUUUGAUAUUUUUAAAGUCAUGCAGGUUUCGUGGCCUCAUUAGCAAAAAGGGGAGCUCUUGACAUGUCAACGCCAUAGCUCAGACGGGUCAGGGCCCGUAUUCACCAAACAAUUCUUAGACUUAAGUCUAAGAAUAAAGAAAAUUCUUUAAAUUAGAAUAUUCAAGAAUUUCUUUAAUUUUGAGUCAAACUCUGCAGUAAACAUCUCUAUCUAUAUUAUUCUUCAUAUAGAACAUUUUGUUAAUGACAUAAUCACCAGUGGAGGCCUGUAUGUAUUCAAACACUGAACACAUUUUUCUUGGUUCUAAGUCUAUUCUAUAUUCUUAAGUCUAAGAAUCGGUUGAUGAAUACGGCCCCUGGUCUUGUAUUGUGUACGACCCAUUUUAACAUGAUGUGUCUCAAAACCCCGUAAUUUUGCCCGUAUAAACUUGCACAAGUUUUGCAUUCAUUAAAAAUCUUCCUGACAAUGUCCUUGCAAGUUUGCAAGUAUUGUUUUGAUUACGUUUGUGAUUGUGACAGAAAUAAAUAGUUUUAUGUUGUUGUUAUCACAUUUUGAACAAACCUAUUUAUGCAAGCUUGAAUUGCAUUUAUUAUUUUAAAUAUUCACAAUCUGAGACAUGUAUAUAUGUACGAGAAAGUUAUAAUUAAUAUAUUUUUGUACAUAAAAAAGGCAAAUACAGUAUCCAUAUAUGUAAAUACUCUUGUGUAUAAAUAAGUCAACAAAUCUUUAUGAAUUAACCCCAUUGAUCUAUUUGAACACUGUUUCAAGACUGAGUUUUACAGCUUUGGUUUCUUGCUAAAAAUGAACCCUUUCCCACUCAGAGGCAAAGUGAACAUGGCAAUGUGCAAACAGCAUAAAACCAGAACAGCCUGUGAGUAACUCGCAGUCUGUUCAGGUUUUAUACUGUUUGCUGCUCAUCAGUUUCUAAGGGUUGGAGAUGAGGCCUUAAAACUUGAUUCUUGUAAGGAAGGUCUUCAAUUAAAUAUAACUUUCUAAGGGACUACAAAUGCGUCGAAAUAUGUAAGUGAGUGGUAAAGGGUAAAGUUAAUUAGACUAACCUUUAAAAAUGAAUUAUAUACUGACCACAAUGAGAGUAUGUCUCCACGUAUACAGCAUGUAUGUUAUUUGUUAUUUAAGUGGUAAAGGGUUAAAACAUUGGAUUUUGUAUUAUAUUAACAUGAUUUUGACCUUCUUUACUUAUAUGCUUAAUGAGCAAUGAAGUGUAAACUGUGUUUAUAUAAAAUACAAUAAUUGUGAAUAAUAUUACUUAAUAAUUGUUUACUUAAACAUGUAACAGUCAGUGUAUUUGUAAUACACUUAUUUCUUGCACUACUGAUUCACAAAAUAUUGCACAUAGAACAAAAAAAGUGAACAAUUUGUACCCAUGGCAGCAAAGACACAAACAUGUAUCUACAUUUAAAAAUCGUAUGUUCAUAAGUAGUCACUUACUUGACUCUAAAUACUAUUAUCAUACAGCCCCUCUCACAGGUUAUCACAUUUUGUUAUUACUUGCGUGUACAUCGUGUGACACAAGAACAUAUAACUAUGCAUCCCCAUUGCUUGUUCAAUGUAAAUAUUGUUUGCUUGUUAGUCCUUAUAUCCCUUUAUAAAACAUGGUAAUGUAUAGGUAUUUGGAUUAUUAUAUACCAUAUUCAUAAAACAUAAUAACCUUAAAGUAUAAAGGACACCCCUACGCAUUAACUAACUAGAGGCAUUAAAAUUAACCCUUUCCCACUCAAAAGCAAAGUAAAAAUGGCUAUGGGCGAACAGCAUAAAACCAGAACAGCAUGCGAGUAACUCACAGUCUGUUCAGGUUUUAUGCUGUUUGCUGCUCAUCAGUACCUAAGGUUUGGAGAUGAAGCCUUAAAAACUUAAAUCUAGUAAGAAAGGUCUGCAAUUUAAUAUAACUUUCUAAGGGACUAAAAAUGCAUGAAAAAUGCGUAUCAAAGUGGUAAAGGGUAAACACAGCAAUCUGUUUUCUGUGUCAUUUUUGUUACUGAUUUUCACGAGAGGCUUGUUAUUGUAUGUGCUGUUUAUUUUGAUUUCUUGUUGUAUUGACAUGGUAAUUUUGGUAAUAAACCUUAAGAUGUA